AUGAUUGUUUGCAACGGAUUCACGUACAACCCAGAAGUAUUCCGAAAUUUUUGACAGAUCAGUGUAUAGCAGACGCAUAUCACAGCGCGUUUAGGAACCCAGAGGAAAAAAGUAUGUCUGAAGAUAAUUCCAAGCCUAUCAUUAAAAAUGAAGACUCAUUUGGUCCAAUUGGAGCUCCAGUGUUUGAACCAAGGUUAUAUAUACAGCGUUAUUGUUAUGUCAAACAAGAGCUUGCAAAGCACAAUGUGAAAAGUGUUGUUGAUUUCGGAAGUGCUGAGUGCAAAAUAUCCAGGUUCCUUGUUCAAAUUCCAACUGUGGAAAGAAUAGCGCUGGUUGAUCUGGAUAAAAAAUUACUUGAACAACACAUGUAUUCUGUUCGGCCUCUCACAACAGAUUACCUUAACAGAAAAGAUGUGACGACAGACGUGGAUAUUUACCAUGGCAGUGUAACUGAUUUAGACAAAUGUAUUGUUGGCUUUGAGGCGGUCUCCAUGGUAGAGAUCAUAGAACACCUGGUAUCCGAUGUUCUCAGUGCAGCUGUUACGAUGGUCUUUGGUCAGCUACAACCUAGGGUCGUUGUUGUCACUACGCCAAACUCUGAUUUCAAUGUUUUAUUUCCGAACUUCUCAGGAUUCAGACAUUGGGAUCAUAAGUUUGAAUGGUCUCAAGAAGAGUUCAAAGAGUGGUGUGACAGAGUAGCCAGUAGAUAUGGCUACAGUGUGGACUAUGGAGGAGUGGGGCUACCACCGGAAGGCAGUGAGCAUUUAGGCAUGUGCUCCCAGGCAGCUACGUUCGUAAGGCAGAGGGAGUAUGUUCAGCCCUGCUCUUCCAGUACACGGGACUGCUAUGAACUAAUAGCUCAUACCUGCUACCCAUGCAAAGAAAAAAGCUCGCUAUCAGAAGAGGAACAGUUUCUCAUGGAAAAUUUUCCUCGAGAACAAUGGUUUCAAACUUACAGUGGAUGGCUCGUUUAUUAUCAUACCUGAAGAUGACAGUGAUUCUGACAGUGACAAUGAUGGUGAAGAUGAAGACAAUGAUAGUGUUGAUGUUCGCAGUAAUAACACUAGUGAAUGUGAGGAGAAAAACUGUGUCACAAGUCAUGAAGUUGAAAAUUGGGAUUAGAUGUAACAUUAAUCACACACAUUUAAAAGUUCCCCGGUGAAACCUUAAAAAGUUACAUUCAUGAGAUUGUAUUACAUAUAAUGUCGUUCAAAUCAUGAAGAUGAAAGUUGUGACUAAGAGUUUCAGUACAGAUUUUAGUUGCCUUGGUGAAACAGGAGGAAGAUUUUCCUUAUCUAUUGUUGAUAUUGUUUGUUUGGAUAUUGUUUGCUUGUUAAUAAGGAAGUUCAAUUAUACUUCUAGUCAAUUAUAAUUAUGCCCCCUUUUAUAAACAAGUUUGUUGAAUAUUUAUGCAUUUUUUAUCAUUCUUUUAAGUUUUACAUCUUUCCGUUUCUGGUAAUGUUAAACACAAAACAUUUGAAUGCAUAAAAGAAAAAAAUGCGUCAUUUUAGAAAUAACAUGUAUAAUGUAUGACUAAAGAAAUAUUACAAACUGUAUUACUUGGUCCCAGAUGAAAGUAAACUAGGCUACCGCUAUUUUGCAUUCUGAAAUAGAAUAUUUUAAGCUAAACUGAUUACAGUAAAGGGGUUCAUGAAAAGCAUAACUUUGGAUAGCGUAUUUUUAAAGAAUAGAGGUUACUCAUUUUAUUUAUUUUUUUGCUAUAAGGAUUUUUUUGUAUGUCAAGGACAGAAAUUUCUUCCAUCCCAGAUACUUGGGAGAUUAGGCCAUGCUUGAAACCCUUAUCUUGACCACAGGCAAAGAUAAAAAAGUAUCCGUAUGAACUGCUUUUUUUUUAUAAUUAUCACACAAUUACCUCUUUUGUUGAAGGCCGUUGUUUGUAGCACCAUGAAAAACUUGUCUUGAGGCAAUAUUUCAAAUAAAACAUUUCUCGCUUCAAAUGGCAACAAAAAUAGUUUUCACACUGCAUUUAAGAAAUAAUACUGCACUCUCCUCUUAACUAUUUAAAGAAUGAUUUGACUUUUUACAUAUUUUGAAUCACUGUGGGCAUAUCUUUGAUAUCCACAAAUAAUCACAUAUCUAUACGCGAAUAAUGUUCACUUGGUACAAACGAGUUCCAGCAAAAAAUAUAUUUCAACAGUUAUGAUUUCUUAGAAAUAAUGUUUAUAUGUAUAAUUUCCGAAUUUUCUGUGGUGCAUUAUGUAAGAUUUAUUGUUUUGUCAAAGCUGUUUUAAUUUUCCAAGCAGGAAAUCUUUUAUAAUUUGUUCUUAAAAAGAACUACGUUUUAUCCUUUAUUUUAAGGAAAAGCAUGAAACCUUUUUUGUUGCAUUAUGGGCAGAUUGUUCAGAUUUUUGUUAAAAUUAACAACAUUAAUUAACAACAUGUUUGUUAUAUUUUAAACGUGAAAUAGUUGAUGAUGUGCUCAUAAAUUUGAAAAGAAUAAGUAAGGCUGAAACAGCUGUCUCAAAGCUUUUUACAAAUAUACUGCAGAUCACAAGUGUAUUAAUCUUCUAGAGCAGUAAGGAUUUGAAAGUAAACAAUGAUAAUGUUAACAAUGUUGUUAACUUUAACAAAGUUCUUAGCAAUAAGCCCUAUAUGUUUAAUUUUCUAAGCAGGAAUUUUAUUUGUUAUUUUUGUGUUCUCGUAUGUUUUAUUGAAGUUAGCAUUAUGUGAUAUUUUUGUUAAUGUUUCAAUAAAAUAUACGUCUUUCA